UCACAAACACUGAUUUCAAGCAACUCUCAUACAAAAAACCUGUUUUGUUACUAAAAUCCGAUUCCGUUUUGUUUCUCAUCCCAGUCUUUCACAACACUUAAAAGUUUACUUGUUUUGUUAGGUCUGGACUCCAACAUCUCCUAAUUAAUUGUCCUAGAUCUCGCUUUGUUGUAUAUCAAGACACAAUCUCCAGUAAUAGAAACGGGGAAUACUAUUUUUGAAGAAACGCAAAAAAGGAGGAUAUACAUAUUUGCUGAUAGUGAAAAUGUCACAUCCUUUCAACACCUUUGCUCUCAAGAUGAAAGUACACUGCAGGGAUUGUGAAAAGAAACUGAAAAACGAGCUGCAAAACAUUAAGGGUGUUCGUUCAGUAGAAAUUGAUCAAAAACUUGGGAAAGUAAUCAUCUCAGGCAAAGUAGACCCUGCAAAAAUCCUAACAAAGCUUGAAAAGGUUGGGAGAGAAGCAGAAUUCUGGUGUGAACAAGAACAGAGUCGUAAAGAUAUCACACGGUCGAAAGUGAUUGAUCCACUGAAUGAUCCUGACAUUAUGACACAACUGAAGCAAUUUUCUGACCUUAGUGAUGAAAUUGUGGAGGUGAACAAAACUACUACGGUAACUUUCAAAGGGGAAUCAAGAAAUGGUGGCAACAAGACUGUGGAAAUUACCACUAUCACAAAAAAUGUGAAAAAACAUCAAGGUCAAGUGCUUACACAUGAUCAUGAUUGUUCACACAGUGGUGGUGGACUUUGUGCUGCUUCUUCAUCAUGUUGUGGUGGUCACUCUGCUAUAAGACAUGAUCUUCAUUAUGGAUGUUGCCAAUAUGGUAAUAAUACUAAUUUGGGUCCUUGUUGUGCACAUGGUAGAAACUCAUGUUAUUACCAUAGGAAAUAUGGUAACAAUUGUGCGCAUAACAGAAACUCAUGUUAUAAUUGUCAUUGCCAAUAUGGUAAUACUAGUUAUGAUUCUUGUUAUGCAAAUAGCAAUUCAGGGCCAAUAUGGUCAAAUGAUAUUAUUCCCUCGGCUCCACCUAUGCCAGAUGACUACAAUUAUAAGGCAUCACCAUCACCAUCACCAUCACCAUCGCCACCAUCCUCGGCAAGGCCUCAACCCUAUUACAGCUUCUUAAGCGACGAGAAUGUGAAUAGCUGCACAAUCCUAUGAUUUCAGCUUGUUUUUAUGUAAUAAAAGAGAGGUAUAUGUAAAUGUGUGCGCGUCUGCGUGCAUGUGUGUUGAGUUGUCCCAUAUCGGUGGGAUUUGAGGUCCUUGGUCUCUUUAUAUGGUCGGCGUGGGAUAAUACUGGGUAUGUUGUUGUUGUGGUCUCUUUAUAUGGUCUUGGGUAAUCCUCACCUCAUAAGCUAGCUUUUAGGGUUGAGUUAUGCCCAAGAUCCAUUUAUCAAUGUGUGUGUGUGUGUGUGUGAGAGAGAGAGAGAGAGAGAAGAGAAGAGAAGUGGAGUAGUUCAUUUAUAUAAUUACUUUUGUGUACCUACUUAGUUUGUAAUUUUUGCUCCUUGUACCACUCUUUAACAGUUGCUUUCUUUUUCUCUGUUUUUUCC